CAGCCUCAUUGCUGAUCGGACCCGUCUUCGAGACCAGCGAACUGAAGCAGCCGUCGGGGGCGGACUACACCCUUGAAACUAACAGCCUCCACAUAGGACAGUAAGACGCGUUUAUAUAUAAGUGAGGUUGUAUUCAAUCCUUCAAUUAGCCAACAAGCAACAUCAUCAUCUUCUCUCAUCUUCCCUCAUCACAACCCUACUUGUUAUACCCUUUCAAGCAGUAAUCCCUUUUAACAAACUCUCCCAUCAUGUCUACCACCAUCCGCAAAGCAGUCAUCACUGGUGCCGGCGACGUAUCUAAUGUCUCUGUCGUUGACGGCCCUAUCUCAGCGCCGGAGCGUCACUAUGUCCAAGUUCGCGUCCUCUACUCUGGCUUCUCAGGAUCUGACAUCAACAUGCGCCUCGGUAUCUACCCAUUCCAGAAGAAGGCCCCCUUCACGCCGGGCUACUGCCUCAUUGGACGCGUCAAUGUCAAUGGCCAGGACAGCAACAAAUUCAAGAAGGGAGAUCUCGUGGCAUGUCUCUCUGUCUACGACGCCGAAGCCGAACUCGCCAACCUACAAGAGAAAUACCUGAUCCCAGUCCCGGAAGGUCUUGACCUCCAACAAGCCACUGCACUUAUCCUUGAUUGGAACACGGCAUAUGGAAUGGUCAUGCACUCCGCGAACGUCUCUAAAGGCCAAAGGGUUUUUGUCCAUGGCAUGAGCGGCGCUGUCGGUUACGCCAUCACCAUCCUAGCCCAGCUUCAAGGGGCCGAAGUGUUUGGUACUGCCUCGCCCAAGAAUCACGACGCCAUCAAGCAAUUGGGUGCCACGCCAUUUACCUACGCCAACAAAGACUGGAUCUCUGCGAUGAACGAGCUCGGUGGUGUCCACGCCGUCUUUGACGCCCUUGGAUUCGAAAGCUGGGAUGAGUCGUACUCGGUCCUGACCCAAAAAGAACGAAGCAUCCUUGUCGGCUAUGGAGGAAACCUUCCGAUGUUGACGGGACAACCUCCCAGGUCUAUGGCCGUUCCCGUAACGAAACUGCUCGCUCAAAAUAUGAAAAUCUGCAAGCGAAGGACGACGUUCUACUACAUUGGGCGCGAUGACAAGACAUUCGUUCCAGACUUGACUGCGCUCUUUGAAUUGUUGAAGCAAGGGAAGAUCCAGGUACCCAUUAAAAGGGUUUACGGGCUGGAGGAUGUUCCAGAAGCACAUAAGAGCUGGAAUACGGGAUCUGGUAUAGGCUCUCUUCUGGUGAAAAUUGCACAUGAUACUCUGGUGUAGUGCUUGCUUCACUUCACUUCUAUUCUAUUCCUAUUGGUCGUUGUAGUUGAGCGUGCUUUCUAUUCGCUUUUCUUCUCAGUUCUUCGAGCUGAAAGAACAGACAUGGGAAGAUCGGACUUUGUACGUCCUCAAGCCGAAGAUAUCUCAUAGAAUUACGGAGUUUGCGGCGAUAAUUAUCAACCC